AUGGAAGAGAAAAAGUGGUACAAGCACUGUCGCCAGGGUGAAGCUUUCUUCGAGACAUUUCCGAUCGAGUUAGUCUGCCAUGAUGGUAGAAAACGUGAGCUCUGCACCAUCGGCACUAGUGGCUGUCGCACCUGCGUCUGCAUUUACGUCCGACUGAGCGACGACAGCUGCUUCAUAGCACACAUAGCAGCCGAAACUGGUACCGAGGACGAGGUUGAGAAGUGGCGACCUGAUGAGGAGCAAGGUGCACUGCUUAGCCAGGCCAUCGAAAAGAGGCUGCGAUCACAUUCACAGCUGACUAUACUCGUCAAUGCCAAGGAUUACAAGCUUCAAAAAGGAGAGUACGCCGUCUGCUCAUGCCACAGCGAUACAUUCAAGGGCAAGCCUUCGGUGGGCAAAUACAUCAUUCAAGGUCUCCACGACUUCUUUGGCAAGAUGGAAGUAAGGAAGGCUUGCGGUUUCAUUGUGGAUCAUGCAAAGCGUGACAUUGACUGGCUUACUACAACAGCGGAAGCUUCCAGGGAAGCGAUACCGAGCGAUCAUGGAUGGCAUAGCCAGAAAGAGGAUGAUUAUGUCAUUGAGGAGGGCAUGGGCAGCGAAGACUGGCACUUUGUGUGGAUAUAUGAGGAGGGCGACUGGGUCAGGCAAGACGAGGCGGUGAAGGGACACGGAACCCAUCGUCUCGAAUCCAGGACAGGAGAGCAGUGGUACAAGCACUGCAAGCAAGGCCAAAGUUUCGUCCUCAACCUCCCGCUUGCCCUCCAAUGCCACGAUGGCAACACUCACACCGUAGACACAGUCGGCACUGCUAAGUGCUUCACCUGUGUCGGACUCUACGUGCGCCUGAGCGACACUAGCUGCUUCGUAGCCCACAUCGCUGCCGACUUGCACCCUUUCGUCGACGACACCGGGCUCUUCGAGCCCUGGCGGCUCGAUGAAAAACAAGGCGAGCUGCUGAAGAAAGCUGUGAUCCGCAAGCUGGAGACGGUCGACGAGCUACGAGGCUUCAGGGCGCCAAAUCACAAAUUCGCGAAAGGCGACAUCGCAAUUUGUUGCGAGCAUCGAAAGGAGGCCUGGGGAUUGACAAUGGUCGGCGACGACAUCAUCGAUGGCCUGCGAGCCUUCUUCGGUGAUGAUAUUCCAGUGAGACACGCACAAGGCUUUCUGGCUCAGCCUCACACCAGGGACAUUCAAUUUUUCAGAGGAAAGCCUAAGGAGUAUGUUAAUUGGGAGUGGUGUCUGGAGAACAAGCUGAAGUAUAACGACAUUGGCCAAGAGUUGCCAUCUGAUUGGGGUUGGGACAGUCAAGGUGGAGAGGACGAUCUUUCGAUUGCUGAUGGCUCGGAUGACCGUGAGUGGCAUUUUCGGAUGUACGAUGGCGACUGGAUCAGUGGUGAUUGA